AUGGACGGCGUUGACCAGGAGGAGCCGAUCUUCGACCUCGCGACGGAAUGUGAAGGCCUGUACGCAUCGCGGAUCUCGAUCCUCAACGACGCCGGCGAUCAGAAUGCCGCGAAGGUCGUCUCCGAUCUGUACCAGCGGUUCGGGGCUUGGGCUGCCUUCCUGGGCGUUUUCGCCGAGUCCAAUGUCUGCCUCGACCGGAGGCUCCAGCGUCAUGUCGAGAUCCAGGACCAGGUGCUCCGUUUGCUGGACAUCAUGAUCAGCAAUUUGACCUACUUAUUCGAAGGCAGCGGAUCGACUGAAAAUGAUACCGAGAAUGUCUUCGGGACCGAAAUCUUACAGCAAAGUACAAGUGUGGACUUGCAAUGCCUGGACGCUAUCUCCGGAGCGCUUGACAGGUUGAACCAGAUAGGCACGGCCAUCCGACGGUCUUCCGUGACCAGCCAGACCACGAAGGCCAGAAUCUUUGCCGAAACCUUCGACUUCAGGUCCUUCGACCAGGUGGCGUGUUUAUGCCUAAGGGCGCUGUAUCCCGACACCAGUGACAGUCUAGUGGACCACCUCUCCCGGUCCAUGACAGAAACCUACGGCCUAUUUCUCCAUCGCAAAAGCCGCAAAGCACGCCUCGAACUGCCGCGAGCAUCGCCACAUGCGAAAGGUGUAUUGAACGUGAUCUCAGAAGAGCAUCCCGGGACUGUCGACGCGGAUUCCAUGGACAUUGACCUGGAGGCUCCCAGUGUCAGCGUUGAACUGAGCAAUAACAAUCAUCUCGCCCCUCCUAACCAAGUCAGGCGCCCCCCUCAGUCUCAGCCUACCUCCGUUGACACCAAGGAGCUCAAAACCCGACUCCGGAAGUUACUUGGUCCUCCUUCAUCGAACAAGCCCCUUUCCAUCCUCGCUAACCAAGUAAAAUACCCCCGACCGGCUAAAGAGAGUCUUACCUGUGAAUGGUGCUUCAGUCCUCUGACAGCUGAUACUCUCGAGAAGCUCAAGUGGCAGCAACAUAUCAAUGAAGACUUCAAGCCAUACAUUUGUCUGUCCGAAAAGUGCCCGAAUGGUACACCGAGAUUCGCCUCAUCCCAUGAAUGGUUUCAGCAUAUGAGUUCUACACACAGCUCGAGCUGGCAUUGCGAAAUCCAUGCAUCUUCCUCAUGGGCUUGCCCUCUGUGCUCCGAGGAUACUACCUUUUCAACUUCUGAGGCCCUUGCGCGGCAUUUGGAGGGUUGGCACGAUGGCAUUUUCAAGGCACAUCAAGUGAAUUCGAUUGUUCGGCAGAGCAUAUUCCCAGUGACACGGCCGAAGUCCACAUGCCCCCUUUGUUGCUUUCCUAUGGGUGACGACCAAUCACACAACGGUCGAAUGGCAGAGGAAGAUAGUCUAGCGGCGACUAGUGUAGCCAAGCGCCUGAGGACCGAAGCUGGAUACACUGGAAUGAAUAGCAGCGAGGUCGAUGCUGAGACACCGCCCGUUCAUGCUAGAACCGUUGCAAGUCAUGUGGCUGCUCACCUCCAAAACGUCAUGCUUCUUGCAUUACGCUUGAUAUCCAUACAAGGGGCGCAGGGUGUUUAUUGCGAACAUCAGAGCAAUUCGUCUGAUACCGACUACCCGGCCUCUUGGAUCAGCUCCGACCAGAGGGACCUAGACGGAGAUAAACUCGAUACGGACUCCGAAGACGAUGGGCCAGCGCACGCUGACGAUUGUCUUGACAACAAUGAGCUACCCACACCAGAACACAUCCCUGACUCAUUGCCCAUGGAUUGGACAGACAUCCUGCCGAGUAUUGUGCCAGGCGUCUCCGCGGACGAACUUGCCACCAUAGAUCCACCAGAAUCCGGGAAACGAACACUGCCGUCAAGCGGAAACGAGGAUGAAAUCCGAUACCAUCUUUCAGGCCGUCAAGAGAUUAUCAAGAAGCUUCUGCAUUCGGAGUUUGCUUUUGGAAUAGAUAUGACUGUACUGGCUGAAUUCUACAAAGCGUCGGCGAUGGCGCGCAGUUGCCCCGACCUUUCGCCAGAAGAUAUUACAAUUAUCUUCCGCGGCUCAAGCCAGCUGCUAGACUUCUCCGUGGACUUCCAAGAGCAGCUUGCGGAUGCGGCGAAAAGUGUCUACGUCCGGCCUGCGUCGGAGAGGUGGCCCCGUCGCCCGGCAACUGAGAGCGAGCCACAGUCCACUAAUGAUGACGAGUCAGCGAUAUCAACAGCAUCAUUUGUAGACACAGAUCGAUCAACAUUUAUAGGCGCAGCGUUUCUGACCAACGUCGCGCGCUUGAAACGAGUUUACACGGAAUACUUACAUUCCCGAGCGGCGGCCGACAAGCGACUGCGGACUGUCGAAAAGCGUUCCGAAGUGGCCAAAUGGGUCAAGCAAUGCGAUGAGAACGCAUCGCAACAAGGAUACCGCGAGGGUUUCCUCUCCCUGCUUAGAAGACCCAUGAAGCACCUAGUGAAUUACAGCCAGGUGCUUGACAACUUGCUUUCUGCCACACCAACGGAUCAUCCAGACCAGAAGGCUCUUCUUGAGGCGGUCCAAGAAGUCAAAGCCCUCCUGAAUGCUGUCAGUACUAUUGGAGAGGAACAUGGUGCCAGUAGAUCGGAGUCGAUCUCGCGCCCUGGAAUUCUCAAGGCUCUCAACUGGAGAAUUAGGAAACCCAGCGUUGCUGCACUUGAGCCAGAUAUUGAAUUCACACUCCUCGCUCGCAGAUUCUCCGAUAAUAUACCCCGGAUACAGUCGUUCAAGGACCAAGUGCAAUUUAUCUCAGCAACAAAUCCCUUCGCCGAGAUCAUCGAUGCAAUGGUGGGGUUGGGCGUUAUAACCGGCGUCUCACCCUUUCCCAAUAGGAGUUCCCCCAUUCAAAGUUUGAGUAGGACAAUAAUGAAGUCUGUAGAAGCAGUGUACUCAGUCCAUCGAGACAUGUUGAAGAGCCGCGUCGUCCAUCCCUUGGCUGGUCUUCUUGAGCUACAUCAAGGUCCGCGGAAUGCCAUCGAGUCCCGCGCCAACUUCCUCCCGCAGUACACCGAAUUCACCACCCUGAAGCGACAGGGCAAGAGGACGGGGAGGAGAAUCACGGAGCAAGCCGAGAAGUUCAUGGCAUUGGACGAAACUCUGAAAGCCAAACUUCCCAGGCUUCAAUUCCUUACCGCACAAGCCUUGCAAUUGUGCUUGACUAGAUUCACCCAGAUCCAGGCUUCCUUGCUGCUCGAGAUGCGGAAGACCCUCGAGUCGUGUGUGGGGCCAAGUCAGGGUGAUUUUGAGACGAUAGUCCGGGGUUGGGAAGCAAGAGACAGGCUUCCGGAGAAUCAGGUGCAAUCUCUCGCGAUUUGCAACGGGUCUCUCUUGCCUUGGUUUCCCAACCUCUUGGACCGCGCCCCGUCAACCCAAGAACGGCCUCCUUUGGCGGACUAUGCCACAGUGACCGACUCCUCAGCUGCGCCUCCCGUCCUUCCUGAGGUACCAGCCCCAACUCGGGUUCUACCUUUGCCACCAGACCCUACAAAACCAUCGUACCCGAAGCCAGCGCAUGCUUCGGUCAUGUUCGUGAGAGCGCUGUAUGAUUACACCGCAGAUGAUGAUAUGACUCUGAGCUUCCGAGAGGGGGACAUCAUUCAGGUCCUUCACACCGUGGACACCGGUUGGUGGGACGGUGCCCUCAAUAAUGUCCGGGGCUGGUUUCCCAGUAACUAUUGCAGCGUGAUCCCACCUCCGCCGGAGUCUGAGGACCAAAACGAAGAUAACCCAUAUGCGAACCCAAAUGACGGUGAGGACUUCAAUGAAGCACCGAGAUUGUACCGACACCCUGCAGAUACUGGCCAUUCUCUUCAAAUUCCACCCUACGCAAGAACCGACCCACCCAGUGACGAAGAGGCAGGAUCCUGGAUUCCCCAAGCCACCCCUGACGGUCGUUUAUACUAUAUACCCCGCCCUGAACUACACGAGGUGAUAGAAGUCUACCUGCCCGAUGUUGGGGUCGAGCGUGCGAUGAGGGUUCUUUGGCGUGCCGCUAGUCUCUAUGAAUUUGGACAAGGAGGGCGACAGGGGUUUCGCGACUAUCCGUAUCUCAAUUAUGCGCCAGGUGAGAUCUUCGAUGUUGUUUAUGAAAAGGGUGAUCUCUGGCUUGGUUGUAGGCAAAGUGACCCUACGAAAGAGUUGGGCUGGAUCUGGUCGAACCAUUUUGCAAAGAUUCCUUAG